CUCUUGCUUAAUGCUGGCGGCGCAGAAUGGCCAGUGCUAAUCAUGGCUACAAACAGGGCUCUUGCGCUGUUCGCGAGACACAGUCUCCGCCAUAAGAACCCUUCUCUCUCAAGAUUUCCCCAUCCCCAAUCCCGACAAUUCUCGUCACCACCGCGCUCCGACAUCGCAGAGGCCGCUCCUCAGCAGUCUUUCGCUUAUGGCGCAAACGAUGAGGUCGCACGUCUUGCAGCCAGUCGUCGCCGACCAUUGACAUUGGCAGACCUGCUCAAACAUGGUCGCCCCCCGUUAUCCAAGGACGCGCUCCUCGCCUCCGCCAACUACACCCUCUCCCUUCUCCCUGCGCGACUCGCCUCUCGAAUCGAAGCCCUUCGGAACCUCUCCUUCAUCGUCGUUUCGAAUCCGCAUAUCUCCAAAAUCUACAACAACUACCUCCACUCACUGUCUACACUCCUGCCAUACCAGCAGCGCCAAGUCACUACCCUAGAAGAAGAAAACAAGUUCGCCGAGGUGCUGGCCGAUCUGGUGCACACGCAUACCAACACGAUUCCCAUCCUCGCGCGCGGCUUCCUUGAGUGUCGCAGAUACAUCGAUCCAACGGAGGUGACUCGCUUCCUGGACACCCAUCUGCGAGCGAGAAUCGGCACUCGGCUCAUCGCCGAACAGCACCUCGCCCUGCACUUUGCGUCGCAGCCGGUCAGUGACGUGGACACCGGCAGCCAGCCGGCGCCCCAAAGCACAGCACCUUCGAAUUACAUCGGUGUCAUCGACACGGCGCUGCAGCCCGCCCGCAUCGUUAAACUCUGCGAGGACUUCGUCGGGGAGAUCUGCGAGCUGAAAUACGGCGUCCGUCCCCGCUUGAAGAUCGGUGGCCAGCCCGACGCCGCCUUCGCUCAUGUCCCCGUCCACGUGGAAUAUAUCAUCACCGAGCUUCUCAAAAACGCCUUCCGCGCCGUCAUCGAAGCCGGCAACGAGCGCGACCCGAUUGAGGUCACCAUUGUCGCGGCCCCUGACGUUCCUCGUGACCACGGGCGCGUAGACUACCCCUCUACCCUUGCGGGGAUCUCAACGACCCAAUCCGACUCCGACGUCGGCUUCCAGAUGGACACGGUAGUCGGCACCGCCGACGCCAACGAAUCAAUCAAAGUGUCCGCGCCGUCGUCGCAGAGCAUCACCAUCCGGAUCCGCGAUCGCGGCCACGGCAUUCCCCCCGAGGUCUUGCCGAACAUCUGGUCGUACAGCUUCACCACCUUCUCAGAUCUAGACCUGCAGGGCUCCGAGAACGGGAACAUGGAUGCCUUCAACGCCAUUUCGAACAACAGCGGCCAGCUCAGCAGCAUCGCGGGUCUGGGGUACGGGCUGCCUCUGAGUCGAGCGUAUGCGGAGUAUUUUGGCGGUAGUAUCGCUGUCCAGAGUCUCUGGGGUUGGGGCACAGAUGUCUAUUUGACUCUUCAGGGUGUUGGAAAGGUUUGAUUGGUGUUGGAUCUAUCUAUACCCAGUGUACGCUGUGAGAUAGCUCUGGCGAAUGAAAAUGAGACCCAUGAACGAAUAUAUCACUGGACAGAUCCGGCCUGUCAAGCUCAAACUGCUAGGUCCUAUGUUGAAUAAACGCAAAAGCAAUAUAUAGAAGAAACU